CAACACCAUGUGUCCGUUGUUACCAGCAACCAAGUACGGACGCGUCCAUGUCCAGAGUCUUCAGGAUUUAUGUGAAUGGAGACGGAGACCGAAGCAAAAUUAAUCAUUCGACGCGUGUGCAUGGAGACGGAGACGGGAAUCUGCAACCUCCCGGCGGACUGCCUCGCCCUCGUCGCCUACCUGACCUCCCCCGGCGACGCCUGCAGGCUGGCGGCCACCGCCACCGCUGACUCCGACGAGGUCUGGGAGAGCUUCCUCCCGGCGGACAUCCUCGCGCGGUGUAGCACUGCCGGCCGGCGCCGCGAGGAUGAAACAAAGAAGGAGCUCUUCUCCCGCCUCUGCGACUCCCCCGUCCUCCUCGAUGGCGGCAAGUUGAGCUUCUCGCUGGACAGGCGUAGCGGCGGCAAGAAGUACAUGAUACCGGCCAAAGCUCUGUGCUACGGGUGGAGUGGCUACCUCGCCUGGUCACGCUGCCACCCUCACUCCAGAUUCCAGGAGGUGGCUGUUCUAUCGCACUUGUGCUGGCUGGACGUGUAUGGCAUUUUGAACACCAAAAACCUCUCAGGCGUCGGUAAAGACUAUGCAGCUUAUCUCGUAUACAGGGUGCAUUGGUUGCCAUCUCCAAACACCGCUCAGAAGCAAAGCGAAGAAGCUACGGCGUCCUCUACCGUCGCCAUCUGCAACCAUGAGUGCAACCACCUUGUGCCUCAUAACUACUCGCGAUCUCCUUUAUGGGACUGGGACUGGGAACUCGAUGGAUUAACAUUGUCGUCCGCGUUGGUAGCCAUGACCGAAAAGAAUCAAAGUCGGAAGCGGCCUGAUGGCGUGAGCGUGAGGAGCGACGGACGGUGGGUAGAGCAAGAGAUCAAAAUAGAGUUGGACGAGCAGUGUCUGGAGGGAAAGGAGAGCAAUGUUUCCGUUGAGUUCAGAGGGUUGACAGGGUCGCAUGGGUGCGAGAUUAUCAUAGAGGGGAUCGAGGUAAGGCCGAUAACAAUGGAUUGUUGAAAGCAUGUAGAUGCUACUUAGAUAAAUUCAGUCGUAUUGUGAAGUUUAUUUAUGUCAGUAUUGCAAUUAGCAACUAUGUUGUCAACUUGAUAUCUUAAUUAAUUUUGUGCCUUAUGUUCGACUA